AUGUUGUUUAUAGGUAGGCCUCACGAAACUGAAGACAUGAAGUGUGGUUGCAAAUUAAAAAUUAACACAAAAAUGAUUGUAGAUAGAUGUAAAACUGUGGUAAUCUUGUCGAGCGUGGUGUGUACCCUUGCCGUUGUCAUAUCGCUGCACAAAUUGUUAAACCAUGAAGCAAAAUUCGCCAAACCAUUUGCACCCAUACCAGAUGGCUUGUAUGGAAACUAUUUGGAGCCUAUUCUGGAAGAAACUCCAAGUCCGCCCCCUCGGAAACCGUAUGAUAAAACUCGCGAUGCUGAAGCAGUCGUUUCGUUAAAUGCCGCGUUGGAAAUGAAAAAGGUUGGUAAAGAUGACAAAGCAUUGAAAUUGUUUCAACAUGCAUUCGCCCUGUCACCGAAACACGCAGACAUAUUAAAUCACUACGGAGAGUUUUUAGAAGACACUAAGAAGGAUAUUGUGAGAGCAGAUCAGCUGUACACAUUAGCUUUAACAAAUUAUCCUGAGCACACUGGAGCGUUGGAGAACAGGCAGAGGACAGCCAGCAUAGUGGAGAACUUGGACAGAGAGAUGUUGAGGAAAAUUGACGAGAAGAGAGAUGCACUAUCAUCCAUACCAGAGAGUAACUCAGCUUUACGGAGAGCUAAGAAAGAGGCUUACUUCCAGCACAUAUACCACACUGUAGCCAUUGAAGGCAACACCAUGACAUUACAACAAACACGGAGUGUGUUAGAAACCAGAGUAGCAGUCUCUGGGAAAAGUAUAGAUGAGCACAAUGAAAUCCUAGGUCUAGAUGCAGCAAUGAAGUACAUUAAUGCGACUUUGUUGUACCGUUUACGAGCAAUCACAAUGGGUGACAUUUUAGAGAUUCAUAAAAGAGUGUUGGGUCAUGUUGACCCCAUAGAAGGAGGUCAGUUUAGAAGGACACAGGUGUAUGUUGGGGGUCACAUUCCUCCUGGACCUUCAGAAAUACAGAGGCUUAUGAUUCAGUUCCUAGAAUGGUUGAAUUCUGAAGAUGCUCUAGACUUGCAUCCUGUCAGAUAUGCAGCUCUAGCCCACUACAAAUUAGUCCACAUUCAUCCAUUCAUUGAUGGCAAUGGUCGCACAUCCCGGUUGCUCAUGAACCUGCUACUAAUGCAGGCAGGAUACCCACCAGUGAUAAUUGCCAAGCAGCACAGACACCUCUACUAUCAGCAUUUACAGACUGCCAAUGAAGGAGAUGUCCGACCUUUUGUUAGAUUCAUCGCGCAAUGUACGGAACGGACCCUAAACUUGUACCUAUGGGCGACGAGUGAAUACUCCCACAUGGUGCCCGCCAUCGGGGAGCCGCACAUACUUACAGGCGAAGGAUUCGAAGAGGACAUGCUCUGA